AUGGCCACGUCAAGACCACCGCAGAAUCUCUUCCAGGUUUAUCUGCGACUUCGCCCACACAACAAUAGCGCGUCGACCAGUGGGGAAAGAUUUCUGUCUGUCGAGGAGCCCGACGAGAACAGCGACGCGCCGAGACAUAUCACCCUAAACCCCCCCAAUGAUCGACGGCGUGCCAUCGAGAAGUUCGCAUUCACCCAGGUGUUUGAGGAGGAUGCCUCCCAACUGGAUGUCUUCCAUUGCACCGGCGUCGCAAAUCUCGUCGAAGGCGUGCUUGCUCCCUAUGGCGGCGAGGGGACUGAUGCUCUGCUUGCGACGCUGGGCGUAACUGGGUCAGGCAAGUCGCAUACCAUUCUUGGCUCAAAGUCCCAGCGCGGGAUGAUCCAGCUCGCCCUCGAUGUCAUCUUCCGAUCCCUUAGCGACAAUCUUCUCGACUGCAGCUCUUACCCUCCCCUCGAACAGUCGAUCACCAACUCUGAUCCUUCCGAAGCUCUCGUCUUUUCUGCCCACAACUUCCUCGACAGUGUGUACGCGGAUGCGCCCGCCACCUUCAAGAGUAGCAGCUCCAGAGCACCUACGCCUAUGCUAAGCGAAUCCGUUGGACCGAGUUCGAACCAACACCGACGCAUGAACCGCCCCCUCGCGUUCCCGCAGCAGCCUGAUAUAAGCGCCCUAUCUGUUUCAUGCGAUCCGUCGUCCGAAUAUGCCGUGGUGGUUUCCAUGUACGAAGUCUACAACGAUCGCAUCUUUGAUCUCUUGACCCCUCCCACCAAGUCGGCCGCAACGAAAGAAUAUCGCCGACGACCGCUCCUGUUCAAGCCGACAGAGACAUCCCCUGAUCGCAAGAUUGUUGCAGGACUUCGAAAGGUUAUAUGUGGGGAUUUACAGCAGGCCUUGCUGGUGCUUGAAGCUGGUUUACAUGAGCGGAGAGUGACAGGAACAAGCAGCAACAGCGUUAGCUCGCGAAGCCAUGGCUUCUUUUGCGUAGAAGUGAAAAAGCGCACCCGAGCCAGCCGCAAGCACGGCGAUCUUCCCUGGGGCGGCAGCACUCUCACCAUUGUCGAUCUUGCUGGAAGCGAAAGGGCAAGAGAUGCCAAAACCGCGGGCGCGACACUGGCAGAAGCCGGCAAGAUCAACGAAAGCUUGAUGUAUCUGGGCCAAUGCUUGCAGAUGCAGAGCGAUGCCACGACCAAGGACAAGCCAAAUCUUGUCCCAUUCCGUCAGUGCAAGCUGACUGAGUUGCUGUUCUCCAAUUGUUUCCCGUCGGUCUCAUCCUUUUCGUCAGCCCGCCAUCGAAAUCCUCAGAAGGCUGUCAUGAUCGUUACCGCCGACCCUCACGGCGACUACAAUGCAACGUCUCAGAUCCUUCGAUAUUCCGCCCUGGCGAGGGAAGUUACCGUCCCGCGCGUCCCCAGCAUAACACAAACCACGUUGUCGGCCCCGGCGCCUCCUGCCAGCCCACCCUCCCUGGGACAACUAGGCUCACCACCUGUCCACCAUCGCAGCUUUUUUGCUCCUCCCGGAUCAUCUUCUUCCAACCAACCGCAGCACGGUGGCCUGUUGUCAUCCCCCAACAUCCAGCGAGCAUUCUCGCCUCUGUCUGGCUCUAGCCCCAGCGGAGACGCCCACCGCAGCACUAUGGAGGCCGCGGCGCUCGAGAUUGCCCGUCUCUCCGAAGAGUUGGAGUAUCUUCGUCAAGCGCUCGAGUCAGAACGCUCAGCGCGCGAAGAAGCCGAGGCGCAUUUGCUCAGCAUGGAGGACCGUAUGAUUGAGCUCGAGCAAGCUAUUCGUGAGGACUGCACCAACGAGUUUGAGCAGCGCCUCGAGAUUGAGAUGGCAAGGUGGAAGACGACGAUGCAAAUCGAGAUGGAACGAGGCGAGGAGCAUUGGGGACGGAAGAUUGAAGUUUUCGAGAGGAGCCUAGCUGUCGCGCCUUUAUCGUUGCCGUCAACCCAGCCGCAGAGCGAUUACGAGGAGGUCGACGGGGAAGACAACGACAAGGAAAAUAUUCUCAUGGAGGACAUGGAACAGGAGAACGAGAGACUCAAGAGGGAGAACGAGAUUCUCAGAAGAGAGGUAGCUGGGAUGAGCCCAAGCAAGAGGAGACCGUUGGGUGAGAGAUCAGGACUCGGUGUUGCCGGUGAGGAGAGCAGAGGUGGCAGUCCAAGACCCACAAGAAAAGACAGGGAAAGAGACAGGGAGGUGACAUUGAGGCAGAAAUUGGAGAAUCUUAGGAUGGAUGAUUCAUCUUCUGAAUCUCAGCGGCCGCCGUCUGCACAGCAACAAAGCAGGCACAGCAGUCCCAAGAAAAUGAGGAGGUUACAGACCAAGAGAUGGAACGAAAUUGAUGAUGACGAUAUGUUUUAG